AUGGAAAUGCGAUUGACAAUUUACUCGCUUUGGACUUUCUUUGGACAACUUUUAUAUGCUUUUUAUACAAUAAUUCUCUACAUUUCAUCCUCACAACUUCAAAAAUUUGUUGAUCCAGAUUUGGCAGAACUAAUUUUCUUGACAGUUUUUAAUCAGUAUUCUUGGGUUAACGAUAUUAGUAUAAUUGCCAUUCCUGCAUUUUUGCUUCUUUGGGCAUCUGAAAUGAUGCGUUCCCGUAUUUAUUCAUUAAUUCGAAUAAUUUGUUUUUUGCCUAAAAAUACUAAUAAUAAUGCUGUUAUGGUUAUACCUAAGUAA